GUGAGCAGAUGGGGGUUGCCUCUUGCCCAUGUUCUCAGACACUGACCCCACCGAACUACAACUCCCAUGAUGCUCCUGCGUCUUAUGUCGGCAGCUGCGUGGUUCCCAUGGUGACCAGGAGCUGGGCCCGAGGUCAGAGCGCCCCCAGCCAGGCCCACUGCGGCCCCUGAGCAGCGAUGCCCAAACCCAGUGAUACUCUGUGGGAUAUUGCUAAAGCCGAAGUGGAGAAAAAAGAAAAUCUUGAAGGCAAUGGAGAUGGAGUGGAAGUUUGGGAAAAAUCACUACUCUUUAUGGGAAACAAAAAUGGGGGAAAGACUACUAUUAUACUGAGGUGUCUUGACAGGGAUGAAAUUCCAAAACCAACAUUAGCCUUGGAAUAUACUUUUGGAAGAAGAGCAAAAGGUCAUAACAGACCAAAAGACAUUGCACAUUUUUGGGAACUAGGUGGUGGAACCUCAUUAUUGGACUUGAUUCGUAUACCAAUAACUAAUGACAACAUAAGGACUUUUGCUAUAAUUCUUGUUUUGGACCUUUCCAAACCUAAUGAACUGUGGCCAACCAUGGACAGUCUCCUACAGGUCACCAGGAACCAUGUGGAUAAAAUUAUAACUAAACUGGGAAAAACAAAUCCUAAAGUAGCUACUGAAAUUAAACAGAGGACGUGGAACAAUAUGCCGAAGGAUCACCCAGAUCAUGAAUUAAUUGACCCUUUUCCAAUCCCUCUGGUGAUAAUUGGAAGCAAAUAUGAUAUUUUUCAUGAGUUUGACUCUGAGAUGAGGAAAAUAAUGUGCAAGACACUUAGAUUUGUUUCGCAUUAUUAUGGAGCAUCACUAGUGUUUACCAGCAAAUCUGAGGCCCUCCUGCUAAAAGCCCGUGUUCUUAUUAAUCAUUUGGCAUUUGGCUUUGACAGAAGCAAAUCCGUAUCAGUGGAUCAGAAUAAACCAUUGUUUAUCCCAGCAGGAUUGGAUUCUCUAAAUCAAAUAGGACCACCACCUGCCACUGACAGUGAUAUUGGAAAACUGCAUGCACAUACACCUGUGGAUUUGUGGAAAAAAAUAUAUGAAAAAACAUUUCCACCUAAGAGUACUAGGGACUUAAAAGAUGUCAAUGAUCCUGCCCAGGAUCCACAGUAUGCUGAGUAUGAAGUUGAUGCAAUGCGAACUCAGAAGAAUCAGGAGCUAGAACAAUAUAAGAGAAAUGCCUCUAAAUCCUGGAAAGAAAUGGAGUUUGAAUCUUGAUUGAGAUAAGUGCUUAGCGCUCAGACUGAUUUUAAUUUUAUGUUUUGUACAUGUUAAGAUCAAUCAUCAUUUUUGAGUAUUAUACAAAGUAAUUGAAACUGGUGUUUUAUACAAUUGGAAAAAUAUGUAAUACCAAAUAACAAACAUACAAUAAAUAAACAGUUAAUAUAGCA